AUGUCUGCUGCCAACAAGAUCUUGUCCGAGAACCCAAACGAAUUGGAGUUGCAAGUCGCCCAGGCCUUCAUUGACUUGGAAGCCCAGACAGACCUUAAGGCUGACUUGAGACCAUUGCAGUUCAAGUCCGUCAGAGAGUUUGAGGUCUCUGGCGGUAAGAAGGCUCUUGCCAUCUUCGUGCCAGUUCCUUCCUUGGUCGGCUACAGAAAGAUUCAGACCAGAUUGACUAGAGAGCUCGAGAAGAAGUUCCCAGACAGACACGUUGUGUUCUUGGCUGAGAGAAGAAUCUUGCCAAAGCCAGCUAGAAAGUCCAGAAAGCUUCAGAAGAGACCAAGAUCCAGAACCUUGACCGCUGUCCACGACAAGAUCUUGGAGGACUUGGUGUUCCCUACCGAGAUCACCGGUAAGAGAGUCAGAUACUUGGUUGGUGGCUCUAAGAUCCAGAAGGUCUUGUUGGACUCCAAGGACUCCUCUGCCGUUGACUACAAGCUCGACUCCUUCUCCCAGUUGUACAACAAGUUGACCGGUAAGCAGGUUGUCUUCGAGAUUCCAGGUGACGUUUACUAA